AGCUGCAUUAAAACGUUACUCUUCUCAUAAGCGUCCUCUGCUCUUCACUCUGUUGCAGUAACGCAAAAUACACAGACUCUCUUUAAUGACAGAAAAACAAAACUGGCUUAUUUCCAACCAAAACCACCGGAACACAAAUCAAGUCAUAUUGCAACCUCCAAAGUCAUAAGUAGGAACAUCCGAGGAGGACGUGAAGGCAGCAUGAUUGUCAGUCAAGAACGGCUGAAGUUGUUAAUUAGGUUGAGCAGGUGUGGUAGAUUGGUUGGGAUUACGCUUUGCUGGAGGGCAGAUCUGUAGGAUCUGUAGGUUCUUUAGAACUGGGGGAAAGAAAAACAAACAAACAGUCUCUAGAUGUUUUCUUAUGCUCUGUUCUCCCUAGAGCAUAUUGUCCUUUUUCCUUGUACAAUUAAUUACCAGUUACAAUUAAUCACCAGCAGGGAACCAGGAGUGGUGGCUUCAGGAAAAACUUAAGAAGACUCAGAGGAAAAGACGGUCCGGUUCCACAUCGUGUUCCCGACGCAAUAACAAAAGGACUAGGACUCAGAUGGCUCAGACGAUCAUGGAAACCAUUGAUGUGAUAGAAAGCGACAGACUAAGCAGUGAAGAGGUGGUAGACUUAACCUGUGAAGGAUCAGAGCCAGCUGUGGUUGACCUCACCAAUAACGAUUCUGUUGUGCUUGUGGAGGAAGGUACUCAGAGCAGACGUGCACAGAGCACAGAGAGUUACGUUUUGAGCAGUGAUGAGGAGGAAGAGCCGAGUCUAAGUCUCAGUCCUGCUUUACUGUCGUCGCUACAUGCUAGUAGCAGAGCCAGGUCUACGCCAGGAGCUGUUAGUUGCCCUGUGUGCAUGGAUGCUUAUGCAGAGGUCAUCGAGAGUGGCCGACUCAUGGUGUCCACCAAAUGUGGCCACCUCUUCUGCAGUCAAUGCAUCCGUGACUCCCUGGCCCGAGCUCACUCAUGUCCCACCUGCAGAAAGAAACUGACUCACAGGCAGUAUCACCCGAUUUACAUCUGACCAGUCGAGGGAAGAUGUACUUCAACUGACCUAUGUGAUCUGACCAGCGCACUUUCAGAACCCGUUUGUAUGUCUCUGCCAAAUUGCUUAUUUAAAGGCUCUUGUGAAGCAUCACCUGGACCUUGUAGUUUCAUUGACGGUAAUAGUGGUUUAAUAGUUCAAUGCCAACAAAAAAUCCACCUUUUCGAGAAGAAUAAGACUCCAGGAACAAGAGGAGGCCAAGUCCUUGCUGAAGCAUUGUUUUUUCACACCGUCCAUAUUUAAGCUGCACUUAACAUUUAGGCAUUUGGGUUUUUUUCUGUUUAGAAAUGGGUUCAUAAUAUGCUAUAAAGAAUUUUCUUCAGGAAUCAAGAGACUCUACUGACUGAGUUUUGGGAGGAAAGCCGGAUACUGCUGAGUCAGCCCAUGUCAGUUUACUACUCAUGUCUAGCCGUCAUAUUUAGAGCUGGUUUUCCAGACAAGGGGUUAAACAUGGUCUUGGGCACAGCUGCGGUGUCACUGGCGAAUCACUGUCAGAUUCUUUCUUGGGCUUAAUCUGAGUCUGGGAAACUGGCCCAAAAGGAUUUAAAAUUGGCCGUAGGUUGUGUGGUUUGGGGCGACAUUCCUUUUAGCUGUCUGAAUAAAAACUUGUGAGCUUUGUUAUCCGCUUUUGUAAUUGCGAAAUGUAAAAAAUGCGGGUGCAGUUUGGUUUGUUCUUCCUUUUAUCCAUUAAUUGUAAAUAUGUGUGUAUUUAAUGUACAAAGGUCUGUAAGUUAAGGUCUAUUCCAGUACAAUGGUAAACGGAGCUUGUUUCAAUAAAAUUAUGCUAUGCUUA